UAACGUUGCAUUAAACAGGAUACUCAGCCAAACUGGUUUAUCUGCAUGGGAAGGUUAUCCACAGAGCAAGAGAGAGCAGGAGAGAGGAGAGAUUGAAAGAGAGGGGGUAUUGUUCUGGAAAUAGCUUCAGGGCUUUGUCUCCCAGUGUGUGUGUGUCUGUGUGUGUGUGUGUGUGUGCAGGCAGUGCCCAUGCACGUGUCCACUGAUGAGGGCCUUCAUUUGAGUGUGUGUGUCUGUAUGUGAGAGUUUCAUGCGCAUAUUUUAUGUGUGUAAAUGAGUGACUGUGUAAUAAGCGAGUGUUGUCCCAUCAACACCAACAUAUCCCCAUAUCUGUGUUUGCAGUGUCUGUGUGUGUGUGUGUCUGUGUACAAUGGGUGUGUCAAGGUGAUGCAGGCUCGCAGGGGCCGGACUUAGCUCCUGCUUCAGGUGUGUCUUUGUGAUAUACAGCCACAAGACGUGAAGAGGCAAACAGUGAAGACAUAAAUAUACAGAUCUAGGUCAACUGAUAGCGCCAUAAGAGGCAAAGUCAAGAAAGAAAGGAACGAAGGAGGGAACAACAGAUGAGAGAAAAUGGGGAAAAUGAAAGAGCUAUUUCUGCCUUUAUCCUGAGAAUUUCCAGGAAGCUUAAGGAUUGCUACCUGUCUGGACUUGCUGUGGGAAAGGCAGAGCCCUCACCUAUGAAGACUACCUGGUACUGUCCUCUGGAUCUGUCCACAGUGGUGGAGGAAGAGGAGGAUGGAGUGAUCUACACUGUGGUGGUCAGACAGCACCCUGGAGGCCCAACCAGUCCAUCGUCAGUUUCCCGCUCCCAGUGUGUUAAAGCCGGGACAGAAGAGAAGCUGGUGCUCCACCUCCUCCACUCCUUUUCUAUGGGAGACUCCUCCUUCAUCACCAUCUUCCUCUCCACCUAUCGCUCCUUCACCUCUACAGGGAGAGUGCUGGACAUCCUCACAGACAGAUUGGCGCAUCCACCUGGGGACAGCGAGAGGAGCCAGAUGAGACAAUCUUUCAACAAAGCGGUGUGCACAGUGUUCAGCACAUGGCUCUCUGAGUAUCCUGAAGACUUCAAGAGUUUGGGGGAGCCCUCUCGCCUGCUGCGCCUGGCUCCCCUGCUCCCUCAGGACUCCUCCUCUGCAGCCGACCUCCGCACUCGCCUCCUCAGGAUAGCCGAAGAGCUUAGCGAGAAAGCCCUGCUCCCUGAUGCCCGUAAAGAUCAGAGCAGUUUCACCAGCCCUCCUGCUGACCCCUCCAAGUUUGAACCCACCAGCAUCCUGGGAUUCCCUGCAGCACUAAUUGCUGAGCAGCUCACCAAGAUAGAGACGGAGCUGUUUGUGCGUCUGGUCCCAUACCACUGCCUUGGCUCACUGUGGUCUCAAAGGGACAAGAAAGGGAGGGAAGGCGUUUGUUGGUCUGUCAGGGCCACUGUACGUCAGUUCAACAGGUUGGCCAACGCGGUGUUAGCAUCAUGCCUUUGCCCCACAAAGCUGCGCAGCCAGCAGAGGGUUCGACUGCUGGAGAAAUGGAUCAGUGUGGCAGAGGAGUGCCGAGCUCGAAAGAACUUCUCCUCGCUGUACGCCAUCGUGUCUGCGCUGCAGAGUAACCCCAUCCACCGGCUGAGGAAGACGUGGCAGGACACUGACAGGGAGGCAAUGAGGAGAUACGAGGAACUGUCGGAAAUAUUCUCAGAGAAGGACAACUACUCACAGAGUAGAGAACUCCUGAAGGAGGAAGGCACGUCAAAGUUUGCCAACAUUGACAACAAGCUCAACAACAGACAUCUUAAUAAGUCCAAUGCCCAGGGCACCGUGCCCUACCUGGGUAUCUUCCUCACAGACCUCACCAUGCUGGACACAGCGGUCAAAGACAGGCUGGAUAAUGGCUACAUCAACUUUGACAAAAGGAGAAGGGAAUUUGAGGUUUUAGCUCAAAUCCGGCUCCUGCAGUCUUCCUGCAAAAACUGUGUCUUCAGCACUGACGAGUCCUUCAUGCAGUGGUAUCACAGUGUACCUACGCUAACAGAGGAGGAAAGUUACAGACUGUCCAAUGAAAUUGAAGCGCCCAGUGAGCCGAGCCCCCGUGGCCUUACUCCAACAGUCAUCAUCACACAGUGCCCAGACCUGAGCACCUCCCGGACCAGCCUGGCUGGUGACAGUGACAGCCUCUUUGACUUCCCCUCACCUGUCAACAACCUGCUAUCAAAACUCACAAAGCAUAUGAGAUCUCCAUCUGUGUCCUGUCUGGAUGUUGACACAUCCCCUCCUACCAAUGACUCCACCCCUGCCACACUGACUCCAACCACUCCCACAAAAUCACACCGCCGAUCGGCCUCCUGCGGCAACAACCCCCCCAAUAACAUCCAGGGGUCUGGGCCCGACAUGCGAAUCAUCAGGUUACGGAUGGACCUGCAGGAUGGAAACCUAUACCGAAGCAUACUGGUUACGAGCAAUGAUAAGACCCCCACUGUGAUCAGCUCUGCCUUAGAAAAGCACAAUCAGGAUCCCAAACAGGCGUCCAAAUAUGAGCUGAUCCAACUUCUGCCUGAAGGAAAAGAACUGGUCAUCCCUGCUACAGGAAACGUCUUCUACGCCAUGACAUCUUCUAGUGUUGACUUCCUGUUGAGAAGGAAAGGCGGGAACACUCCUCUUGGCUCACAGCCGAUCAGCACAGAGACAAGCGCCACGUUUCCUCGAAUCAAAGCCAAGGGGAGGAGACUGGUCAGGACUCUAUUUUGACAUCACAUUUUCUUCAACUUUGUCCACAGUGUGACAUUUUUUUCGUAGCUCUGACGUGGACGCAGCGUGAUCUCUCACAGACAGUAAAUGUGGCCUUCUCUGUGCAAAACAAAAAUCUGCAUAUGCCUUUAUCCCACACUCCUGCAAAGGUUGAUCUACCAAAACACCCAAGACCAAGUCUGUCAGACAUUCAGACCUCCUGCUGCCCCUCUGCGUUCACCAGAGCCGUCUGCUGCUGAAGAACAGUGUCAGUUUUCCUCUUUUUCCAAACAAUAUGCAUUAAUAUUUCACACCCAGAGGAAGAGCAAUGGAAGCCUUUAACUGAGUGCUUUUGGUGCUGGCUCUCGAGUCCCCGUCAGGUAGCACUUGAUGCAUUUUCUUUCUUCAUUCCAACUCAAUGAAUAAGAUCUGUUUUAAUUACAACCAAGAAAUCCUUUGUUGUUGUGUGCCUCAGCUGUGAGUGACGUUUCCAAAUGCAAAAAGAAGAUUUAAUUGGUCAGAACGUGUUUGAGGCCAUCAAAGUAUUUGAGACUGUUUUUUGGAGGGGAAGAAGCAUAAUGAAAUCUUCAUAUACACAGCUCGUCAGAUCUGGUUCUAGUAAUAAACACCACACGCCAGGAAGACACAUGGAUAGAAGAAGAUGCAGCAAAAGUGCAUAAUUGUAGCAAAACACUGAGCUUGUCAUAUGAGACAUAUAUAUGUUUUGUAUAUAUUUAUAUAUUUGUACAUCUGUGCGAUGUGAACAUUGUGUUUACACUGGCAAGGAGCUCUAUGUCCAUGUGUUGGAAUUGUCAAGUAACUAAUUCAUCAAGGAAAAAUGCAUCAAACACCUGCAAAGUUUCCACUUUAAACAGGCCAACACUUGUCUACAGUGACUGGUAAAUUCAAAUAUAAUGCAAGCAGAUAUUAACUUUGGCUUAAACUUAAAGCUGCAUUAAUCUAUAUUUUUCUAUUAGCUUUGAACUGAAUAUCACCAACUGCAACUCUAGUGAGAUUUUUAGUUUGAGUAAUUGUUUUGGUUUUACAGCUCUAAAAUGUACGUUUCCUGCUGCAGCUGUUUUCAGUGGGGAAAAAAAGCUGCUAUCUAGCAAACAAACAGUGAAAAAAGUCAAACAUGUUGCAGCUUAAGAGUCAGAUAUUUUCUUAGAAAGUUGCUGAGGACCAAACUAGAAUUAAGUGAUAUGAACUUCUUUCAUUAGAUGGACAGAUUGGACAGAAACACAACUGCAGAUAAAUAAAAUACUACUUCAGCUGGUGUGUGUAAGCAGCUGUUAGCCAAAAAAAACUUUAUAUGGCAGAAAAACUGGAACACAGCUUGGUGUAUCUCUGCCACCUAGUGGUCAAAAAGUGAUUAUUGCAGCUUUAAAAAUAACUUAGCUCUUUCAAACCUUAUGACAACGACAAGGAAAAUCAAAUAAUAUACAUAUAUAUGCCACCAGUUUGGUUAAGGUUUUCCAGGUCUGAUUUUUUUCAACAGUGCAUAAGCUAAACUUAAUUUAUGCAGAUUUUCCAGCAGCUCAGCAGGAUACAUCUUCACUGCUGUUUACUUACAGUACAAAGACACAGCUCUGAUUUCAUGUCUUGAAUCAACUUCAGAGUAGGUUUGAAACACACAACCUCGACUUUGACAUCAAGUCUUGUGACCUCUGGUUGUCAUAUUCGCCUGCUUAGUGCUGGUGAGGUCUCUUUAUCGGCCGAGGCACGAGCACGGCUGGACCAGGGAGAGGAUUCUGGGUAACAAUAGAUGACGUGUGCUAGCAUAAUGCUAUGCUACUGAUUGUUUUAGUGCCUUUCUCUAAAGGGUGCUCACCUUUCCCAUGUUUGCAUUAGAAUGUAUACAGUAUACAUGGAGGAAAUGCAGUCACCUCCAGUGCUGUGUAGUCUCACAUCAAAACUAUUUAUGCACUACAUACAGGAUGUCCUAUUUUUGUGGUAAUAAAUUUACUUUUAUAUGAAUUUCAUUGCUUUCGACUGAUGUGCUGUAACAUAUUCCAGGUUCAAUGCAGACAUACUUUCCAUGCUGCUGAGUAUCUUAUGAAAAGAAUUAAAACUUUCUCCACAUGUCAAAUACUGACAUUUCUAUUUUUCUCAUGGAGAAGGAAAACAAAGCAAGGUGACUAUACAUCAGCGACAAAAUAAUACACCUCUGUUUUAGUCUUUUUAUUCAGAUUCAAGACAGCCAGCAUCUUUAUCUUCAAGCAAAAUCAAGAUCAGAAUGAAUGUACGUGAAAAUGUGUUACAAGUAUGAAAUCUAAGGGAUAUAACAAAAAAUAUUUCUGGAUAUGUCAGAAAAAGCACAUCUGAAACACGAAGAUGCUCGUACCAACCCAGUUAAUAAUACAAACAUUCAUUAAACACAAAGUAUUAAAGCAUUCCUCACACCUG